AUGGCAUAUACACAAGCGGAGUUAAGCAGCUACUUCGACCGUGUUAACCUGCCUAAUGACAUCCGCGACGUCUUAUUAGCAGGUAGGGACCGCCUAGAGGCGCUGACAUGUCUUCUCCAUCACCAUCUGGCGGCAGUCCCCUUUGAAAAUACAGCUCUUCACUAUACCGCCGACCGCCUCCUACUUCUAAGCCCGUCGUUACUAUACGAGAAGAUCGUUCGGCGCCGGCAAGGAGGGACCUGUUUCCAGAUCACUCGAUUAUUCGGCGAAGUGUUGCUGGCCCUGGGAUAUGAGCUGUACAUGAGCGGGGCACGGACGAACAAAUCAACCAGCGUGGCAGCGCAAGACAAGGAUCUUGGCCGCGCGCAUUUUGGAGAUUGGCAACAUAUGAUUCUCAUCGUCCGGCUAGACGGGAAUGACUACCUCGUGGACGCAGGAUUUGGCCCCAAUGGCCCGGUUGACCCUGUCCUGCUUCAAGAUGGACUCAAAUUUACUGAUGGUGAUGGGAACCUCGGACGGCKGGGCAGAGUUAUUUAUGCCCCGAUUGACCAGGGUCGUGCCAGGCAUCUCAAGUACUGGCGUCUGCAGUUUCUGUUUGACAGCAGUCCGGACUGGGUGGACAUAUAUGCCUUCACGGAGAGCGAGUGGCUUGAGAGUGAUUAUCAAGCUGCAGAGCGCGCGGUCCGUGGUAACAAACGAGCUUGGUUUAUGUACCGAGUGAUUGCAUUUCAGCUCGUCCUGAAAGACAGGAGGCCAGUCGGGUGGGUGAUGAUUUGGAAUGACGCUAUGAGUUGGUUCCAAGGAGGCAAAUUGGCGCGGAAAAUGAAAUUCAAGUCUGAAGAGGAGAGGAUCAAUGCCUUAGAGAGCGUGUUUGGAAUUAAGCUGGAAGAUGACGAGAAGAAAGAGAUUGUUGGAACAGUAGCAUUCUUAGGCGCGAAACCAAAGAUUUAG